AUGGGGAAAAGUACAAUAAAAUCAAAAAAAAUAAAAUUUGGUACAAAUGAUGUUGGUAUACAAUGUGACAUCGAAAAUGACUAUUUACGUCGUGACAACGUAAAUGAAUUAUCGUUUGAUCUUCCAUCGGAAGAUGAUUUGUCAGAAGAAGAUGAAGAGUUUGAGGAAUUUUCUGAAAGUGAUCAUAAUGACCAAUCACAACAACUUACAGAUAAUUCAAAUAAAAUUAGACAUACGUUCCAGUGGAAUUCUCAAAAAAAGAAUGGUAAACAACCAGAAGGUAAUAUAUUAAUAGCUGCUUCAUUAACACUGUCGGGAAUUCUUUUCAAUCAAAUGACUGCAUUUUGUAAUACUUUAAAACUUAACUUUUUUACGAGAACUAUAUAUGAUAAAUUUUUAAAACUUUAUAUUGGGCCAGUUAUUUGUAAUGUUUGGGAAAAGGAAAAAAAAAAUUUAGAAGAACUUAAAAAUGGGUCUAAUAAGAUUUGGCUUGCGGGCGAUGGACAAUUUGACUCUCCUGGAUUCUGUGCAAAAUAUUGUACUUAUUCAAUUAUGGACGUGGAGACAGGAAAAAUAAUUGGUUUUAAAUUAGUUCAACAAUUAAUGGUUCAAGGUGAUUUAGAACGUUAUGCUUGUGGAUCGUUACUUAACGAAUUAGUUAAUGAAGAAAAUUGCAAAAUAGAUAUUUUUCUUACCGAUAGACAUAAGGGUAUUCGAUGUGACAUGAGAAUAAAUCAUUCGAAUAUUGAACAUGAGUUCGACAUAUGGCAUAUUUCUAAAAGUUUAAUGAAACGUAUGAAAACAUUAGACAAAAAAUAUCCUGAUGCGUUUUUGUGGAAAACCAGUAUUAGCAACCAUUUAUGGUGGUCAGCGCAAACAUGCCAUGAUGAUGGAGAUUUGUUAGUGAAGAAAUUUACUUCUAUUUUGAAGCAUAUUAGUAAUAUACACGAAUGGGUUGAAGAUGGUGAAUUAAUAAAAUGUGAACAUGCACAUUUUGUACUAAGACAGGAUCAUUUAUAUUUUGAUUAA